AUGAGUGGUAUGGACGUUAUACUAAGUGAAAUUGGAAGACGUCAAUUUGAAGAGACUGGCAACUACACACUAGUCGUGGCAAUUGCUUGGGCUGUACUUCACGCUUUCGGCAAGUUUUCUUCUGCGCCUUUGGUUAUAUCACAGUAUGCGAGCAAGCGUCAGAACUGUGUUUACCAGGCGGAGUUGAUCGAGGCACUGAUGGUGUAUUUGCAGCAACGUCAUUAUCGCGUCUAUAUUAUGGAGCAGGAGACACUGUUCGGCGAUGCAAGUGUGAGCGAAUGGGGGGAUUUCUCAGAGAGAGCUAUUUGGUUCAUUGACAGCUGGAACGCAUUUGAGGCACUCGCAGCCGAUUUGGAGGAUCCGAAGAGCACAUACAGGCGCAGCGGUUGGUUCAUACUCAUCUACACUGGCAAUGAGACGUCACGUUUGGAAACCGUUAAACGUAUUUUUAAUCGCUUCUUCGAACUCUUCGUUAUAAAUGUGAAUAUAUUUUUGCUGCUGGACUCAACGCCAUAUGUCUACACCUAUUUCCCAUUCACUCAUAACAAAUGUCAUUCGGCCAAACCAGAGCUCUUAAUUUCGUUCCGUAAUAAUCAGGCAAAAUUUCAACGCAAAGAUAAUCACCAGUUUUUCCCCUCAAAAGUACACAAUCUGUAUGGCUGUGAGUUGAGUGUAAUCACGUGGCACGAUCCGCCUUUCAUCAUUUUCGAUAAAGACGAACAAAGUGGUCGAGUUAAGGCCGUGGAGGGUAUUGAAGGCUUGCUAAUUUCGGUUUUGGCGCAGGCCAUGAACUUCGCGAUAAAAGUUGUGGAUCCACAGCCGCGUGACCGUGGCGCCAUCUUUGAGAACGGUACACUAACUGGCGUUACAAGGAUGAUAGCCGAAGGCGAAGGCAAUAUUACGAUCAUUUACACGAUGUACGAGAAGAAGCGUGCACAAGUCAUGGAUGCGUCAUUUUCCUAUAUGAGUUUCCCGCUUAUGGUGGCCAUACCACAUGGACGACCUCUAUCUCCACUUCAACGUCUCUUAAGGCCAUUUAAGUAUAUAAUCUGGUCUCUCAUCGGCUCAAACAUUGCCCUAGCCGUACUCAUCAUAUAUUCGCUAAAGUUUCUCGGCAGCAAGCAAGUUUCGUCAUUUGUCUUUGGCAAGAGCAAUCGCAUUCCAUUCAGCAAUCUCUGGGCCUCGCUAUACGGCAACGUUAUACACAACCAUUUGCCGUAUCGCAACUUUUCGCGUUACUUACUCGCCUUGUGGCUGCUCUGUACACUAGUCUUACGAUCCGCCUACACCGGGCAACUCUUUAUAAUACUGCAGGACGGCCGUGCGCUAACGCCGCUAAAAUCAUUCAAAGAGAUCGUUGCUAAUAACUACACCAUAAGUACGGCACCUGUACUCACUGAAUUGCUCAGCUCGACACUCGGAGAAGCGUCCAUUGCCCACUUUGAUGGCGGCAAAAACUCUAUGCCGAAUGUAUUGAAACGCAUCGCACAUGGCUCCAAGGAGGCUUUAACCAUAAUUGAGCCGGCCGUACUUUACUACAACUACCGGCAGUCAACGGAUGAUGAUAGGGUAGCACUGCUGCCACAAAAGUUGAUAAUGACGCCGCUCACAAUGUACAUGCGCAAACAUUCCUAUCUACUAUGGCCGAUAAACAGUAUUUUGCUCUAUUUUAUCGAUGUGGGCAUAGUCGAUAAGUUCGAGAGGCGUUAUCGUUUGGUUAAUGAAGUUAACGAGUCGCAGGAGCCUGUGAAAUUGUCACUCUUUUUGCUGUUGGGUAUUUUUAGCCUCUAUAUAGCUUUGAUAACACUCUGCAUUCUGGUUUUCCUCUUGGAACUUUGGUCAACUCGGUCGCCUUUGAGCAAAGUGGUCAUGGAUUUUUUGAAUUACUAAAUACUACUUUGGGUAUGAUAUUUGUGUAUUGUGAUUUAUGAAAAAACUCAAAAUGAAGACGAAACAUUGUUCCUAGC